CUGGUUCUAGAAGAUGUCUGGCUGUGAAAUGGUAUACUGUUUGUUUAUACUGCCUGGACUAUAUGCCAUGUGAAUAGACUUAUACUGUAAAAACAACAAUGCAUUCAAUUCCCAUUAUUGUCUGAUCGAUAUUGAAGUUCGAUAUCGAAACUUGACGGAAAUUUCCAGUCUUCCUUUUGUGCUGUUUGCCCAGAAAGCUCUUGGAGACCAGCAGACAUUCACUGCCAUCCCCCUCCCCUCCAGAGAAGCCCACCUAGACCCUCUAUUUCUUCUCAUUUCUACCUUCAGGGAAUGCACCAACACUACAGCAACUGCGUCUUCGAUUAGCACUCUAUUUCUCGAAUACAUACCCACUUCUCUUUCCCCAUCAGCUAAAGCAACCAGAAACGCAGCCAUGUCAUCCUCCCAGACUCACCGUCGGGAGAAAGACUGCCAGCAGAGACUGGUCGAUGAGCUGGUACGCAAGUACUACAAGAAAACAGAACCGAGCCCCGUCCUGCGCGACAUCCUCCAGAAGUCAGAAGACUCGUCUCUCCUUAUCCAGGCUCUCAGACGCCAGGUCUCCCUCGUCAAAUGUCGAUCUCAGGCAUUUGAGGACAGUCAGAUCACCAUUUACGACAGAGCCCUGCUUGUGCUGUCCAAGUACGGAGAUGACCCUGAAGGCCUUGGAGCCCUCGAGCUUUAUCUAACCGAGUUUCUCGGGGUUGUUCCAAUCGGUGCAGUCUCAGAGGGCAAGGACAUAGUGGUCAAGCACAUUGGAUUGCAGAGCGUUCUGUCAAAGUCAGCAGCUUCUGAAAAAGUCACCAGAAAGUCUUCUGUAUCUGAAAGACGUUCCAAGAGCGAAUCAGGUCGAAGAGCACACACUGCUCCCAGACCCGACCAUGGUUACCGCGAGAGGAGAAUCAAGUCUAGCGCAAGCACAAGCAGCGACGACGCCCAGCUUCUUCACGAGAAAGUCGAACGAAUCCUUGAUGUAUACCGCAAGGCCAAAGACGAAUUCUACAACAAAAAGCAGUCAGAUGGUAUGGAGGAUCCCAGCUCAGUUCGUUUUCUUCGAGACACGGCGGAAAAUGCUCUCAACUAUCUCCAUUCUCACGGCUUGCAGGAUCACAAGUUGGUCCCAGAGUUGGAGAGCGUCUUCCGAUCCGCCAGAGACAAAGCAACGGAGCUUUCAGGUGGUCGUAAACGUCGUUUUGAGGAGACAGCCAGCAGCCACAGCCACAGCCGCAGCCGUAACUUGAAACGGCGACGCGGACUUGUUGAUUCGUAUCGUCCUUAG